CAAUCAUCUGACUCCAUUCCGAUAUGUAACGCCCACUUCUCGUGUUGCGGUCAAGGAUGACAGUCCGUCCAUGAAGUGAGCGUCUCCCUUUGGCUCUUAAAUGAAACGCUGCGAGCGUCUCGUCCUCCUGUAUCUCCGUCAGAGCAGCGGUCAAGACUCAGGAUUACUCAGUGUCACACCCGCAGGCGUCUGAGAUCGAGCCAAAACUCAUGAUUUAUUGCGCUGCAGCAGCUGCUUGUAAAACACUAGCGUAUAUAAAACACGCCUCACCUUCACCUUCACCUUCAGCACAGAGAGCUGCAGGUACACAUGGAGGCGUCCGCCAUCGUCCUGUUACUGCUGUGCUUCGAUACUUCACUCGGGUUCACUACUGCUCAGACAGCAGAGCCGGGAUGGUCGGCACAGAAUAUCUCAUGGAAAUCGCCGGACGCCACGGCAAACAAAACCCCGAUGUGCUCCGGACCCGUUCGGAUCAGAGAUGCCUUCAAGUACAUCAACAGCGUCGUCUCGUGUUUGGUGCUGCUGCUCGGGAUGGUUGGAAACGUGACUCUUCUGAGAAUAAUCAAAGAACACAAAUGCAUGAGAAACGGACCCAACAUCCUCAUUGGCAGUCUGGCGCUGGGCGAUAUCUUACACGUCAUGAUUGGGAUACCCAUCAAUGUCUAUAAGCUCCUGGCGGUCGACUGGCCGUUUGGUGUCCUGCUCUGUAAACUGGUGCCGUUUAUUCAGAAAAGCUCUGUUGGGAUCACCGUCCUGAGCCUGUGCGCUCUGAGUGUAGACCGGUACCGAGUCGUUUCAUCAACGAGUCGCACCAAAGCUCUCGGUUUUCCCAAGUGGACUGUCAUCAAACUGUCUUUAAUAUGGAUCAUAUCAACAUUACUGGCGGUUCCGGAGGCCGUUGCAUUUGAUCUGAUUGCGAUGGAUUACAGAGGCGAGCGUCUGCGGAUCUGCCUCCUUCAUCCUGUACAGUCCACUCCAUUUAUGCAGUUUUAUAAAAUGGCCAAAGACUGGUGGCUCUUUGGGUUUUAUUUCAUGGUGCCGCUGGUGUGCACCGCCGUCUUUUACUCUCUGAUGACUCGGAGGAUCUUAAGCGGAAGCGUGAAGCAGUCGGUCCUGGACAAACACAUGAAGCAGAGACGCGAGGCGGCCCGGACCGUCUUCUGUCUGGUGCUGGUGUUCGCAGUCUGCUGGUUUCCUCUUCACCUCAGCCGGAUCCUCAAGUUAACCAUCUACGACGAACGUGACCCCAACAGAUGCAGCUUACUGAGCACUUUUCUUGUUCUUGACUACAUCGGCCUCAACAUGGCGUCUGUGAACUCCUGCAUCAACCCCAUGGCUCUGUAUGCGGUCAGCAAAAGAUUCAGAAACUACUUCAGAUAUCUAGUUCUAUCUGACGCAGGGACAGGAGUCCAGGGCCGCCCGGAGCCGCUGAAGGGUUAAGUUCUUGCUGAAGGGCACAGCAGCAGCGGUCAGAUAAUUUCUCCAGGUGGGAAUUGAUGCUGAAUCUUGCCGUUAAUGGCUCUGAGCUCCUGCCAGUGAGCCACUUACUCCGAUGUUGAGGACAUGAUGUCACACCGGCUUCUGCGGUCAUGGAGGAGACUUCCUUCUGGUGGCUCGUUUCCAAGAGCUGGAAGUGAGCUUUCAAAUCGCAAUGUGUCCGUUUAGUCAGAAUGUUAAGAAUCAAUUGUAUUUCUAAUUUAGAGCUAAUUUAGUGCUUUGUUUCAAAGGCUGAAAUGUUCCUAAAGGAAUGCUAAUGGAGUAUUAUCGUGAUGUGGAAUCAAUCCUAAUAACUGCCCUGCAUCUUCUGCUGAUUUGCAAAAAAGGACAAAUAUUACCUAAUUUGAGUUAAUAAAUAAAUAAAUAC